AUGACAAGGGUGAGAUCGCGUCAUGGUCGAUCUCAUAAGACUCUGCUUCGUAAAUCACAUGUGAAAAUUGCUGAAAAUGAUCAUGCUCGUGAUGCAGUAAUCAAAUAUGCUCUAUUUGGCCUCAAAAGGGCUAAGCAACUGCUUGACAAUGCAGAAGGAACUGAAGAAGUUUUUGAUUAUAUUCAGAAGGUGGAGGAUUUGCGUCAUUGUGAGGAUCCUUCUGCAGCUGCAGCUAUGGCAGAGCAAAAUGAAUUCACAAUUGAUCAUGUACCUGGACAUCUACUCACAUCACAAGAGGUGUGGGAUGCAGUGCUACCGCAAUUUUCACUUGAAGACAUUUUGUACAACAUCCAACGCAUCCACAAUAUGGGCUUUCUUACCAGCGAUUCCUCAACAACUGCUAUAUUGAUCUCACUUCUAAGCAAUCAAGACAUCAUCAAGAAAUCUAAAAUCACACCAAUUGCUGUGUAUAUCACUCUUUGCAACUAUCAAAAGAAGACAAGACCUCUUAAACAUGAAAAGGCUAAAGUAGCCUUGGAAAAACAACAGCGUCGCCGUACCCGGCAGAUAUUCGAUAGCAAAACUGGAUUGUGGGAGUGGACUGUAACAAGGAGACACCCUAAAGAAGUCAAACAUUGGGGCAUUGAUCAACCACCAAACCAAGCUGUGCUUAGUGCUUUGCACAAACUCAUUGAUCACACCUGGCUGCUGACUCCUCCAACAAAUGCCCGAUACCUGAUAACCUUGGACAUGAGACACCAUAUGUUUAAAGGGCGUCAUUUCUGCAAAACCUUUGCACCUCCAAGGAAGGGCAAAAAGACAGCCACCACAACGACGCCAGGUGGAGGUGGUGACGCAGAUACUGAGAAGCAAGAAAGCAAAAGGCAUUUGCUUGCCGAGUGCUUUUAUAACAAGCAUGUGACACCUGGUCACGCAGCUAUCAUUUUGGCCCUUCAAUUGCUGAAGAGAGAGAAGCAUGUAAAGAUUGCUGUAUUCACUGAGACUGGUGUGGAAGUUGUUACCAUAGAACGCAUUUUCAGCAGCAUCAAUGAAGCAGAGUUCAUUUUGAGGAAAGCCAAUCUCGGCCGUGUGCAACUGGACGCGCCCAUCGAGUGGGCGUACGCGGCAAAGGAGAAGUUCGACGUGUUCAUCAACAUGGUGGACCGCACCACCCGCUACAUGGAGCUGGAGCUGACCGCGCGCGGCGGUCGCGGCCCCGGCGGCCGUUACGGGCCACCGCCCUCGCCCGCCAAGGAGUUGCCCGACCACUGCCCGGUGCGGGCCCUCCGCCGCUACAGGGACCGCUUCGUGCGCAACGCCAAAUUGAUUGUAAUGUCGCUUGCAUCGCAUCGCGUCGCCACAACUGAUGGCAGCCAUGAGGGAGUGUUGGAUAUCGUUGGCGUCGACGAGCAUGUGCCGAAAGUUAUGGAUGCAUUCACGCUGGGCCAGUUCGAG